AUGUCAAUGGAAGCAUUCACCCAAGCACGUAGAGCCAAACUUGCCCUUCUCCGCGCACGUCGUUCCGCCGAACAAUCCGGCCAUACCCCGUCCUCCUCCUCCUCCUCCUCCUCCACACCUUCUCUACUCAUCAAACGCCAUUUCCGAAACUACGACCCGAUCACAGGCCAACUUAAACGUUUCACUUCCGCCCGCGACCUCCCCGAUACAGUAGAAAAAGACGUCUGCGGUCUUCAAGCUGAAACGAUCGCUGAAGAUGAACAAAGGAGAAGAGAAGAUCUACACCUCACAAAUGUCGCACCGAAACGAGCGAAUUGGGAUCUGAAAAGAGACCUGGAGAAGAGGUUGAGAAAGUUGCAAAGGAGGAAUAAGGAAGCGGCGAUUCUGUUGAUUAGGCAAAGAAUUCAAGGACAGCAGAAAGCGGCCGGGUUGGAUGCAAAUAGUGGCGAGAGCAAGGGGGAGAGUCUGACCCGGCUUAGUGCCGAGAUCGCUGCUAGUGCGACUAGCGAUCUGCUUCCUGGAAGGGACCAUGUGUCUGAGGAUGAGAGCCAGAGUGAUGGGUAG